CUAUGGCUACAGGACAGGUGCUAUUUCAACGUUUUUUUUAUACCAAGUCUUUUGUGAAGCAUUCCAUGGAGCAUGUGUCAAUGGCCUGUGUUCAUCUGGCAUCCAAAAUUGAAGAAGCGCCAAGACGUAUAAGGGAUGUAAUUAACGUGUUCCAUCGCCUUAGACAUCUACGGGAAAAAAAAAAACCUGUGCCUCUAAUACUGGAUCAAGAAUAUGUAAACUUGAAGAAUCAAAUUAUUAAGGCGGAAAGAAGAGUGUUAAAGGAGUUGGGAUUUUGUGUUCAUGUAAAGCACCCUCAUAAGAUAAUCGUUAUGUACCUUCAGGUAUUAGAAUGUGAACGUAACCAACACCUGGUCCAGACUUCAUGGAAUUACAUGAAUGAUAGCCUGAGAACAGAUGUCUUUGUAAGAUUCCAGCCAGAAAGCAUUGCUUGUGCAUGUAUUUACCUCGCAGCUAGGACACUGGAGAUUCCACUUCCUAAUCGUCCACACUGGUUUUUACUCUUUGGAGCAACAGAAGAAGAAAUUCAAGAAAUCUGCUUAAAAAUUUUGCAGCUCUAUACUCGGAAAAAGGUUGAUUUAUCUGAUCUGGAAAGUAAAAUAGAAAAGAAGAAAUUAGCUAUCGAAGAGGCAAAAGCACAAGCUAAAGGUCUAGUACCUGAGGGAGCCCCAAGUUUGGAUAACACGUCAGGAUUUUCCCCUAUACCGAAAAAUGAGUCUCCAAAAGAAGUUAAAGGAAAUAAACCUUCACCGCUACCCGUUCAGGCAAUGAAGAAUGCUAAAAGGAAAAUAGAGGGAGCAAAAAGAAUGAGUUCAAAUAGCCCAGUAAAUGGCGUUCAGAAAGGAAGAGAAAGCAGAAGUCGAAGUGGAAGUCGAGAUCAAAGUUACUCAAGAUCACCAUCCAGAUCUGCAUCCCCUAAGCACAGGAAAAGUGAAAGUUACUCCACAUCGAGUGGUUCCAAAUCCCACAGCCGUUCUAGGAGCCGCAGUGACUCUCCUCCAAGACAGUUCAACCACAGUUCUAGCUACAAAGGUUCCAAGGUUAGAAGUUACAAGAAGUCAAAAGACUACAAAUACGCAACACACAAACCACGGAAAUCACGCAGCAGGAGUUCAUCCCGUUCCAGGAGCCGAUCCCGGGAGCGCUCUGACCAUUCGGGGAAGUACAAGAAGAAGAGUCACUACUAUAGAAAUCACAGGCAUGAGCGUUCUCGCUCCUAUGAGCGAGCAAGUCAUCGCUAUGACCGAGACCAUCCUGGCCACAGUAGGCAUAGGCGAUAAGUAAAGUAAAAAGUUCUUUUCCUUUGGAAUUUAAGCAGUGGAGCUCUUCCCUGUUUGGUCUUUGCAGUAUAGAUUUAACAUGGCUUGUAAACCACCUCGCUUGAGUAAUGUCCAUUCUGCUGGCAAUUGUGUACUUACUAUCAUAAAUCCAAAGGAAAGGUUCUAACAGGAGAGAAUGAUGUGAAAGACUUAAUCUGAUAAAUGUCUUGGUGACUGUUCUGCUGGAGCGUCACCUCAUAACCCAGCAGAACUUGUCUCUGGAUGCUCCUAUGCCUGCUCUUUAGUAAUUUCCAUACCGUAGUGCAGUGGGGUGUUAUUUGGGACUUCCAGUUCUGCAAGCAGGACCUCCAUGGCUCAGUAGUUGGCAUACUGUGCUGAACAGUCCUUCCCUGUGGAACUGGCAAGCUCAAGACGGUUCGUAAAAACAGUUGGAGUGGCUUGGUGCUAACAAAGCUGUCUUUUCAUACUGACUCAAUUAUGUUGUACAAAUGUAAGGUGACUUUUUUAGAACUGUUGCCUAUAUUAGGUUAUAUAUGUGUAUAUAUAUUUUGCAGUGUUACAGUACAGUAUGGGAAUAUGGCCUUACUAGCCUUUACACUUUAUCCACAAUGUAAAUAAGCAUUUGUUUAAUACAGGUGGAAGAUAUAUACAGAAAAUUCAAAACUUGAAUUCUAUCAAAAGACUUGUGUAGAAAUUUCUGAUAAAUGUGAAAGUAUUUAGCUCUGUGUAUUGAGAGUAGUAUAUUUUUAUCUGUGCAAUGCUGUGUGCAGGCCACCAGCUCAUAAGACAUUUCCUAUAUAUACAUUUUAAGUGGUUUGAAAUUCUUUACUCAGGAUCUUUGACACUGAAGAAUUAGUAGUUUGUCAAUCUGCAUGCUUGUUGAAGAACAGAGCAUAAAAAAAAAAAGGCAAAAACCCCACAGCCCAGUAGUAUCAGUUCUAGUGGUAUAUCUGAGCUGUUACUCUCAUGCUCCCUAAUUUCAUUAAAGUAUUUGAUUUUCUAUUAAA